AUGGUCCCCCUGGCCCUGCAGGUGACCCUGGGUGCUGGAUUUGUAGGGUUACCUGGUCCCAAAGGGUACCCUGGUGCUGCUGGACUCAAAGGGUUUCCAGGUCCUAUUGGCCCUCCCGGUCCUGGUUUUUCAGGCCCUAAGGGGCUCCAAGGACCUAAAGGGUAUCAGGGAAGUCCUGGCCCCUCAGGAAUUCCUGGACGAACAGGCCCUCCAGGUGAAAAUGGGUUAAGCUGUCAUGAAUAUGAAAUUGGACCACCAGGUCCCGAGGGGAAGCCAGGAUCACCGGGUAUUCCAGGUGAGUCAGGAAGAGAUGGUCCUCCAGGAACUCUGGGACACCCAGGCCCGAAAGGCAUGAAAGGAGAUGACAGUAGUACUGGAGGAAUUGGACAGAUAGGACUUCCAGGUUUAGAUGGGGAUCCAGGUGACCCUGGUGCCAGGGGAAUUAGCCAGGUUGGUCCUCCAGGCCCUCCAGGGUUUCAAGGAGAUCCAGGCAGGAAGGGUGAGCCAGGCGAUGUUUUCUCUGCCAGGCCAUUUGAUACUGGCCCACCUGGCCGCCCUGGGCUUUUGGGGAAGAAAGGACUACGAGGCAUUCCUGGAAACCCUGGAUCUGCAUUGGUUCACCAUCGAUGCCUCUUAAUUACAGGUGAACAAGGCCUGUCUAGACCACCUGGUUGGAAAGGAGAGCCAGGAUCCAGUGGUGACCCUGGGGCCACUGGUCCCCGAGGCCCACCUUGCACUGCAUUUGAACUGAAAGGACUUCCAGGGCCUCCAGGCCCUACAGGAAAUCCUGGACACAGGGGAAUACCAGGCCUUCCUGGUCAGAAGGGUUUGAAGGGAGAUAUAGGUCCACCUGGUCAUGGACUUAGGGGUCCAAAAGGUUUCCCUGGCCCUCCUGGUUUGUCAGUGGUUGGACCAAGAGGCCCUAAUGGCAUCUCAGGAGAACCUGGGGCUGACGGCUUGCCAGGAAAGAAAGGUGAAAGUGGGUACCCAGGCAAACCUGGGGCCAUACGUUUACCAGGCCAUCCUGGACCUGCAGGGCCCAGGGGUAAACAAGGAGAGACAGGUUUUACUGGUCUCCCAGGGGACCCUGGAUACCCAGGACAGCCUGGUAAUAAAGGUGUACGUGGUUUGCCAGGAUUACCAGGACCUUCAGGGAUUGUGAAUGUAAAAAAGGGCCAACUAGGAAUUUCUGGAAGGGAAGGGCAACAAGGACAACAAGGACCUGAAGGCUCAAAGGGCCUGAGGGGACCACCAGGUGAUUCAGGACCAGAUGGGUGGCCUGGUUCUCUAGGGUAUAAAGGCAGCACUGGUGCUCUGGGCAGAGCAGGAAGACCAGGUUCUCCAGGGUUCCCUGGAAUCAAAGGUUUCACUGGUCCAAGGGGAUUGCCUGGACAAAGUGGAGAUCCGGGAGAUCAAGGGCCUUUGGGACCAUCAGGUAUUCCAGGGUUACCGGGAUUUCCAGGUGUCAAAGGUAACCCAGGACAAUCUUAUGGAGACCCUGGUCCACCUGGAUCCAAAGGAAUGCCAGGAGAGGAUGGACAGACUGUGCCCAGAGGGAUUCCAGGUUAUCCAGGAGACCCAGGACCCCGGGGAAGGUCCGGACAACCAGGACAACCAGGCAUUGAUGGGGAGCCAGGAAGACAAGGAGAAACAGGCUUCCCUGGUCCUCGUGGCUCUUCAGGUCUUCCAGGUAUUCCAGGUCUGCCAGGUGAUCAUGGAGGUCUGGGACCACUUGGCCCACCUGGCCCAUAUGGGCCUCCAGGGACCCCUGGACCACCAGGUCUUGAUGGACUAGAUGGGCUUAGAGGUCCAAAUGGGAUAAAAGGCGAGAGUGGCAUAGGUUUCUCUGGCCCUCCUGGACCAGAUGGUCUUCCUGGAGUCAAAGGGGUCAGGGGACAGCAAGGGUCUCCAGAAGUCAGUUUUCCUGGGCCUAAAGGCCAGAGAGGCCCAUCUGGCUUCAAAGGUCUUCCAGGCUCCCCAGGGGCAUCUGGGAACCCUGGGAUAGAUUGCUUCAAGCCUCCGCCAGGAUCCUACGGGGACAUAGGAUAUGAAGGACCUCCAGGAUCCCCAGGCCCUCCUGGGGAGCCGGGCCUUCCAGGCAGCAGCAUUUUCUCCAAAGGAGACCCAGGUUCAACCGGCCUACCUGGGUUACCAGGCCGCAAGGGCGACGGUGGCCCCCCAGGGCCUUCUGGGUCACAGGGCUACCAAGGGGUUACAGGGCCAAAAGGUGAGAGAGGUCCUAAAGGUCCUAAAGGUCCUCCAGGCCCCAAUGGUCAGACUGGAGUCCCUGGGCCUUGGGGCAGGAAGGGUUCAACUGGCCCAACUGGGGCAGCAGGUGCUAAAGGUGCCCCUGGUGAUUCCAUCAGAGGCAACCGAGGUGAGGCUCCACCUGGACUCCCAGGACCACGUGGAUUACCAGGAUCUGUGGGAUAUCGUGGCGAUGUAGGUCCUCCUGGGACUCCAGGACGUAAAGGCAAGAGAGGUCCUGUAGGGUAUGUAGGCCUGCCUGGCAAACCAGGUCCUGCUGGUCGUGAUGGUCCUGUUGGAGACCCAGGAGAUGUUGGUCAGCAAGGAUUUACUGGGCCUCAGGGUAUCCCAGGUCCAACCGGUGAUCCAGGUAGGCCAGGCCAUAGAGGGGCACUGAGGUCAGGCCACCUUUUGGUGAUCCACAGUCAGUCAGUUCAGGUGCCACGGUGCCCUGAAGGCAGCAUCCAGCUUUGGGUGGGCUACAGUCUGGUUUACUUGGAAGGGCAAGAGAAGGCUCACACUCAAGACCUGGGCCAGGCUGGAUCCUGUCUCCGUGUUUUCUCCACCAUGCCUUUCUCGUACUGCAACAAAGCUGCCUGCCACUACUCCAGUCGCAACGACAAAUCCUAUUGGCUCUCCACCACCGCUCCCAUACCCAUGAUGCCCCUCUUCGGCCAGGAGAUUAGCUCCCACAUCAGUCGUUGUGCGGUGUGUGAGACUGUUGCGCCUGCAGUGGCUUUUCACAGCCAGGAUCACAACGUCCCCUCAUGUCCACGUGGCUGGAGGAGUCUGUGGACGGGAUACUCUUUCCUCCUGCACACAGGGGCCGGUGAUGAGGGUGGUGGCCAGUCUCUAUCUUCCUCUGGUAGCUGCCUUAAGGAUUUCCGAACUCCCCCCUUCAUAGAGUGCCAGGGUGCGCGUGGGUCCUGCCACUACUUUGCCAACCUGUACAGUUUUUGGCUGACUACUGUUAGUCCAACAGAACAGUUUAUCACCCAGAGGCCUGGCACCAUCAAGGCAGCGGACCAACAGCGACACAAGGCCAGUCAGUGUCACGUCUGCCUCAGAGCACAAUAAAGGACUUCUUUUUCCACUUUAAGUUUUAACAUUAAUGAUACAAACCAUCCCACUGUCAAAUUACAAUUCUGAUUACAAUCUAGAGUUUUAGAUAGAUUCUAUUUAUGGACAUCUUGUGACUUUGCCAUCUUUAUACAGUACAACUUUUAUCUGUGAAUCUUUUAUAUGAUGUCUCUGUUACUGUUUUCCUUUUAUGUCAUUAUUUUAAGGGAGAUGUUAUUUCUAAUGAUAACAGUGUUUGAUCCUGCGGUUGUAGCUGAAUAUUUUGCAAUAAUCCACUUUGGAUUAGUCAUUAAGGAAAUGUAUUCUGAAGACCUUUUCUUCCUCAUCUAAAAUGUGCUCCUCUAUUAAAUGGUAAGAAAAAGUUUCGACACUACGAGUCAUUCAGAGUUCAAUAGCUUUUCGACAGUUGGAAAACACAACCACAACUUUCAUGCAAAAAUCCUAAAAUGGGAGAAAAUGAAUAAUUUGAAAAGGAUACACGUUUCCAAAAUUCAGAUACCAUUUAGGGGUGUGUAUAUAAAGAUUCUAUUUGAGGACAUCUUGUGACAAAAAGUCCAGCUUUGUCAUUUUAGUACAGAAUAACUUGUAUCUGAAUAUCUUAUGUGUUGUUCCUGAUACUUUAUUCCUUUUAAGGAGGUGCUAUUUCUAAUGUUUGAUCCUGCUGCUGUGCCUUUGUAUUUUUCAAUAACCCACUUUAGACUAGUCAUUUAGGAGAAGAUCUAAAAUUAAAUUAAUCAUUUCAAAAAAGUUUCAACACUGAGUCAUUCAGAGUUCAAUAGCUUUCAAAAAUCUGGUAGAAACAACAGUGUACAUGCAAUAAUCCCAAGAUGGGAGCCAAUGAAUAAUUUGAACAGGAUACAGAUUUCCAUAGCGGGUUUCAAGUUCAUAUUUAUUUCUUUCUCUCAA